UGCAAGUACAACAGUUCUCUGUAAGCUCCCAUUCAUUUGCUGAGAACUGCCCUGAGCAGCUGAGAGGAGCUGAGAGGGGAGGGAGUCACAGAGAGAGAGAGACAGACAGACAGAGAGGACUGUAUAAGGAAGACAGUUUCUGUCGCUCUGCAGCUCCUGACGCCAUCAAUAACAGGAUGUUAAUGCUAGACGGAAUGCCUGCAGUCCGAGUCAAAGCAGAACCUCUGGAAUCUGAGAGAGGGUCACCCAAAGUGCACGGCUAUCCUGAUAUGGAGGCUGUGCCACUCCUGCUCAGCAAAGUGAAGGCCGAACCUCCAGAAGACCUGCUCUCGUCCGAGCAAUUUCAGACCCAGACAGAGCCCGUGGACCUGUCCAUCAACAAGACACGGACAUCAUCUCCUUCAUCCAACAGCUCACCCAUUACCUCAGCCUUCUCUCCAUCUUCCUCUUCAUCAUUGUCAUCCUCACCUUCCGUCAUCACCUCAGUCUCCUCGGGAAUGCCCUCCAUUUUGACACCCGGGCCGUUGGUGGGUUCUGCUCAUGGAGUUAGAGGCCAGCAAUUUUUGCACAUCAUCCACCCCGUCCCCCCUUCCAGCCCUAGUAAACUUCCCAGCCAGGUGCACCGUAUCCCUGUGGUGGUGCAGUCACUGCCCCUCAUGUACACCACAGCCAUACGUUCCCCUUCAACCCUCAACUCCACCAUCAUGUUACCUCUGCUGGACGAGGCCAAGUACCAUGGCAAAGCACAAACAGACCACAAUGGCCUGUCGCCAAGACAAAUCAAAAGUGACAGUGAUGAUGACGACCUGCCAAACGUGACCUUGGACAGUGUUAAUGAAACAGGAUCCACGGCGCUGUCUAUAGCGCGAGCAGUCCAGGAUUCCAUGUCACCAUUCAGUAUUGAGAGCAUUCGACGGCCACAGCCACCUGAAUCUCCAGACUCCAAGAAACGACGCAUCCAUAGGUGUGACUUUGCAGGCUGUAAUAAAGUUUAUACCAAGAGCUCCCAUUUAAAGGCACACAGGAGGACACACACAGGUGAGAAGCCAUACAAGUGUACCUGGGAUGGCUGCACAUGGAAGUUCGCCCGCUCGGACGAGCUGACGCGGCAUUACCGUAAGCACACAGGGGUCAAACCCUUUAAGUGUGGGGACUGCGACCGAAGCUUUUCUCGCUCAGACCAUCUGGCCCUGCACCGUCGCAGACACAUGCUGGUCUGAACCCAUCCACUCAUUCACACACGGGAGAGCUGGAUCUCCCCCAGUAGUGUUCAGCUGGGCUGGACACAGACACGGCCAUCCCUGCCCCUGAGAAAGAACGAAAGAGAGGAUAAAGCAAGCAGUGGAGGAGCAUGAUGCUUUCCCCACAUCUACAGAGCUAAACAGGGUCCAUUCAGGGAGGGACAUGGCUCAUCUACAAGCCUGAAACAUUUGGAGUCCAGGAUGUUGAUUGUCUCAUGUCUGUUCAAAGGAUUAUUUCACACGGACAAAUGGUUUGUUUUCUGAUUUUCCCUUUCCGAAUCAUCCGUGUG